AUGAUCAGUCAAAACAACUUUUCGUUCAAACCAAAUGCAGAUCCCACAGAAACUCUUGCUACUCAAAUGCUGAAUUAUUGUGUUCAAAACGGGGAAGAUGUCACCUUUCAAUUGUGCUUGGAUUACCUGAAAUAUUUUAGGAAUAAUGUGGAAACGUCACUCUUGUUUAUGAUCAAGUACCCAAAAGAGAUGCAUGAAAAAACAGGGAUGAACAUUCAUUUGGCCCGACAAGUACUUCAAUAUUCUGAAUUUAAUCUGUUAUUGUGUCAAUCUCGAGUAGAUUUAAUGAUGAAAUUAAUGCAUGACACAGGCCUUAAUUUUGAAUUUUCGUUCCAAUGUCUUGUCGAAUUUAAUUGGGAUUAUCCAAACGCGCUAUUACGAGUGAAUAACAUGAAAAACAAUGGUGAAAUUCCAGAGAGAGCUUUUUUGCGACCGCUCAAUGCGGCUUCAUCACAUGCUGUUGCGCUUAGUGUUAAACAAGAAGUGAUUCCUAACUCUCAACAAUUUGGAGCUUCAUCUAUUCUCUACCCUACGUGGGGCUCAACAAAUGUGACAACAGAAACAGUGAGCUCUUCAGUUAUCAAACAGGAGACUAUUAUAAUCCAAAAACGUAUCGAAACAAAGCAAGAGUUGUCAAGUACCAUCUCAAAGCAGGAGCCAAAGAGUCCCUUGAGCGAAAAAUCGGAACGUAUUUGUGAACAUCCUGGCUGCGUCAACCCAAUUGCAAAAUACAGAAAGAAAUACUGUGAAAUACACGCCGCACGACCUUUGAAAAUGAAGUCCAUGAAAGUAGAUUUUGUCAAGUGUGUCUUUGAAGGUUGUACCAAGCCAGUAGAAAAGGGAAGAAAGAAGUAUUGCAAGGAACACGGAUAUUCAAAAAAUAAAUAA